AUGGAGUCCUCAGAUGGGCGAGGGGAUGAGGAGGACAAACCUCAAGAGAAGGUGAUGGAUGUGCCCUGCUUGGAGAAGAGCUCCAGCACCAUCCCCGCUGGAGACUCGCUUGUGUGCCAUGCCAAGGGCCUGGACCAGUGUACCUUCAGAAUUUGUAAAGAAUGUCUAAGGCCAUUAAAGAAGUGCCUGCGAAAGUUGUACCUGCCCCAGGACCUUCCCCAGAAGAAGAAGCUAAAGUACAUGAAGCAGAGCCUGGUGGUCCUGGGCGACCACAUCAACACCUUCCUGAAGCACUACUGCCGCGCCUGGGAGAUGAAGCACUGGAAGAAGAUGCUCUGGAGAUUCGUCUCCCUCUUCUCGGAGCUGGAGGCAAAGCAGCUUCUCAGGCUCUACAAGUACACCAAGAACAACCAGAACACCAAGUUCCUGGCAGCCUUCUGCCCUCUGGACGCUCCGGAGAGCUGCUUGCUGGCUGACCAGGAGGACAACCUGCCCAAGCUCUGCAGCGCCUGGGGGCUGCACGGCAACAUCAGCGGCAUGAAGGAGAGGCUGUCCAAGAUGCAGGCCCCCGGCGGCGAGGCCUCCCUGCUGCCAGAGCCACGGGCCAGGGUCCACGUGAGGAGAGGUUCUUUAAGAAAACUUCAUCAAAUACCAAAACUCAAGAGAAAGAGGAUUAAGGAAGCCCCAGAAACCCCAGAGACCGACCCAUAA